CCCUGUCCAGUUUGAAAAUUUGUCCCUUUAAGAUUUUAGAUUUCUCGUCGAGCUUAACAACCGUUUGGACCUCCAUUUACGACUAGCAUUUGUCCAUGCACUUUCCAGUUACUCUAUGAUAUACAUACCUGACUAUGGCUCAGUUCUCAAUUGAAAACAGAUUACGAGCAAUCACGAUGAAUUUAAGUGAAGUAAAUUUGAUGUCCAACAAGAAAGAGAAUCACCAUUCUUCAGCCAAACAUGACCAAUCAGCCAAAUUAGGCAAAUCUCUGUGUAAUGGCAGCAUCAAUAUGAGUUUGAACUGUUCCACAAACUCUCAAAGUGUGUUGGCGAAAACCCCCAAAAGAACAGAAACUUCUUUCAGCAACAACAAGACACCCAAAAUGACUCAAGGACCCACAUUAGGGAAGCCCAACAGUUGGAAGAGCCCUGCUGUAGGUGGUGGUGCUUGCCGGAAAGCUCAGAACAUACUUGGUGACCGAAUGGUGCCCUCCAGAAGCACCACUGACUUUGAGGCUGCUCAUCACAAAAUGACUUCAGAAGAAUCUUCUGGUGAUCGUGUUCUUUCUUACCAAACCGUUCAAAUUCCAAAGCCUCAGGAGGCCUACAUCAAUCAUCAGAAGGCUCUUUACUCUGCCACUGCAUCUGCACAAAAGAAGCCUUCCAACCGGUUCAUUCCUAACACUGCUGACCGCGUUCUUGACGCACCAGCAAUGAUGAACGAUUAUUAUCUGAAUCUUUUGGAUUGGUCCCAAACUAAUUUUAUUAGCGUCGCAUUAGACAAACAAGUCUAUCUUUGGAACGCCGCUUCAGGGGAUAUCCAAGAACUGAUGGAGUGUGAAGGUGAAGAUAACUACAUAUCCUCAGUACAGUUUACCCAAGACGGAAGCUACCUGGCGAUCGGCCUCAACACCGGCAGUGUCGAAUUAUGGGACAUCCAACAACAAAGAAGAUUGCGUACAAUGGCUGGUCACGCUGCACGUAUUGGCGUCCUAGCGUGGAACGAACACGUCCUGUCGAGCGGUUCACGAAGUGGUCUUAUUUUCCACCACGACGUACGAAUUCCACAGCAUUUAGUUGCAUCUCUGGAAGGACACACUCAAGAGGUAUGUUCACUAAAAUGGUCUGGAGACCACAGAUAUCUCGCUAGCGGUGGAAACGACAACCUCGUCCAUAUCUGGGAGGGAACAACUGGUCAAACCACUAGAAACACUCCUGUUCAUGUGUUCAAUCAACACCAAGCUGCCGUUAAAGGAAUGGCGUGGUGUCCGUGGCAAAACAGGCUACUGGCUACUGGCGGUGGCAGCAACGAUCGCUCUAUCAAGCUCUGGAACAUGAACGUCGGUGAAUGUGUUGACACCAUUGACACGAAAAGUCAAGUUUCUGGCAUCUUUUGGAAUACGGAAUACCAGGAAAUUAUUUCAGCUCAUGGAUUCCCAAAUCACACUUUGCAAAUCUGGAAAUAUCCUACCAAGGCCAAGGUUGCAGAAUUGACCGGCCAUGAUGAGCGUAUCCUUCAUCUGGCCAUGUCACCUGGCGAGACGGCUGUAAUGAGCGCCGGAGCUGAUGAAACCCUGCGACUGUGGAAUUGUUUUCAGACUGACCCGAACAAAAAGAAAGGAACAGCUGGCCGUAGAAAUGAGCCUAGGUCUGCUCUUGACGCCAUGUCCAAUUUCCGAUGACUUACUUAAGACGACGCUUUUAUUAUGCGAAUUCUUGAUUCACUCAAAUUACUUGGUUUUUAACUCUCAACCACGAUAAUAUAUCAAUUAGACGAGAAUCUUUGACAGUUCCCUGCCAAAUGAAUCAAAUUUGUGUCUUUUAACGCUCAAUUUUAUGGUUUUAGUGUUUUUAAUGAUAAGAUUUUUGUCCUAAUUGUAAUUUUAUAGCCACUCAAACAGAGUUUGAAUUUGAAAUGAAUACACCCACCAAAUUCCUUCUUAAAA